AUGCACCUGCCUUUAGAACUCAUCCGCGAGAUAGCACAGUUCGCCCUGGCUCAGCCUCGCACGGUCUCGCAAGAUGGCGGCCAUAACAAUAAAUCUCAAUGGGCAUCGAUACAUUCGUUUUCUUUAGCAUCAAAAGCAUACCGAGACAUAGCGCUCGAGGUAUGGUUCUCAAAGCUUUACACCAAAGAUUACAAGGAUAUCUUUCCAGAUGGACAUCUGCUACCAGAGGUCUUCACAAAAUGGACGAGCGAACUCCAUUGUGUUCAGUUACCCCCAACUCUCGCAAAUCCCAUACAAGAUUGGUAUAUCGACGGAUUUACUCGACUGAAGAAGAUACGCCUCGAUUGGCUAUCGAUUAAAUACACCCCACAUCGACCUUUAUCUGGCAGCCGGGAUAACGACCAGUGGAACGUGGAGUUACGGGUUUCCCGCGCGAAAGCUUCGGGAGUAACGGAAUUAGAUCUCAGAGAUGUCUUGUGGCCAUCUCCUAUGGUCAUCCGUGGUAUCUCCAGGAGUUUUUCAGCGUUGCGUGUACUCCGAUUGCGUCAGUUGCAGAUAUGGUGUGGGUUAUGCAAUACUUGCAGCAUCGCCAGAUUCAAAGAUCCCUGUCCGACGAAGAUCGUGUACGAAAAUGGCCUUGGGCUUCCAGGCCAUUACCCAAAGGUUUUGUCAUGCCUAGGACAACUCGAAUACGUGUAUCUUAGCAUAGGCGUCCUUUCUUCGGGCACUACUAUUUUAACCGACGGCAACAAUAACGAGAACAUGUGGACCGGCGAAUGCGAUUCUUGUAUGACCUCCAUGUAUUCUGACGAGGAGUUUCGACGGAAGUGGGUCGAGAGGAAGAAAAACAUCCCGAGAGAAGAAAAACCGCCCUCACUGAAAAGAGUUGAAUGGAGUUUCUGGGCGGCGCCGCCCGAAGACGAUGACUCAGAUUACUUGGGGGAAGAAAGCGAUUUCUCUGAAGAAAGUAGUGAAUUGGACGACUAA